AUCAGCUGUGUCACCGGCGUCAAAUUAUUUCACAAAUUUUCGUGCUACUGUAUAUAUAAAUUUUUGGCUUGGCGUCGUCCAAUCCAUAAUAAUAUCAAUGGCUGAAGCAAAUUCCGCUGUGGCUGCUGCAGGUGGCGAGGAUAAGAAGCUGUCCGAUAUUUUCCUAACGGGCUGGAAUCUUUAUGACGAGCUAGAAACUAGCGAUCUUCCAUUCAAUGGCAGCGAACUCCAGAAUAAGGUAAAAACUGCCUUGGGCCUCUUUGAGGAGGCAACAGUGAUUGUGAAUCAAGUCGCCAUGUUCAGUCCCAACGAGCUGAUUGACGAAGUCUCCACCGAUUCGCUGCCGUUUAUGUUGCUGCCAUACUUUUUGGGCAAACUUACCACCAAAAUUAACAAUCCCAACAGCACAGAGAUCUUGGAUCUGGGAGUAAUUUAUUUCAAGGAUCAUCUGCAACGUUGUCAGGAAUACGACCUGUGCGAGGCCCCCAAAGGGACGGUGCAAAAGGACAACAACUUGGAAAAGAGCGAGCAUCGGGAACUCAUGGAGGCCGCCUUCAACCGCAAUGAUAAAAUUGCUCAGUAUCGCAAGAUGAAGGAAAUCGAUGAGUACUUGAUAAGAAUGCGGGCUGCCGUCAAAAAUAAGACGGCGGACGAUGAGGUGCGCAGGGAGUUCUUUUUGAAAUACCUGGACAGGAGCAUCAUAGACAGCAAGCAGGAAUUGGAAUCAUUGCGCAUGAUAACGGAGCUAUGUAAAAUGCGUAUUGCUCGACUGGCAGGUGGCGAAGCCACCACUGAUGAUGACACUCCAGCUCCAUCUGGCCAGCCGUCGGGAUCACGAGGCCACAGUCAUGGCCAUGGCCACAGUCAUCACCAUCAGCAUGGGCCCAAACCAAAGCCACUGCAACCAUUUAUCAUCACACGUAAUGCCACUCAGAAGGCCGUCUUUGGCUUGGGCUAUCCCAGCUUGCCAGUCAUGAGCGUGGAUGAGUUUUAUCAGCAGCGCGUUGACGAAGGCAUAUUCCCCGAUGCGGAGAAGUCGGCCAAAAUGAAUCAGGCGCAGGCAAUAGCGGCUGCCCGCGACCCCAACGAGCAGGAGGAUGAGGAAAAGGCUGUGGAGGACCAGCUAAUUGAAGAGGACGAUCCAGAGAAUCUGGCCCGUAUGCGACGCAUGGAUGAGUACAAAGAUGUGGUGCGCCGUGGGGACGGAAAUCGUCACAAUCGCAGCUAAGAAACUCAUUUGUAUUUUUGUAUUUAAAUAAUAAAAAGAAUCAGUACUCAA